AUGUUGCCAUAUCCAAAACUUAAAUUGCAUAAAAUCAUCAGAUUGCUGUUUUUGAUUCUAUACGACUCUAAUGAGAUAUCAAGUGCCCUGUAUCAUUGUUUACAAAAUAACAUAAAUUUCACUGAUGUAGAAGUUCUCCGGCUUAUGGCAGACGGAUGUUCAAGACAAAAUAAAAAUUCGACAAUAAUCGGAAUAAUUAGCAAAUGGUUUAGCAACAAUGCUCCUCAGACACUAAAAAAAGUUGAGCUCAUUUUUCCUGUCACAGGGCAUUCUUUUAUACCCCCUGAUCGGGUAUUUGGUGUUGCCGAAAAAGCAAUAAAAAAGACAAAUACACUAGUACAACCAGAGGAGUAUAUCAACAUAUUCAAAAGGCAGGCUACUGUUUUUCUUCUGAAUGAAAUUAAAGUGUGUGACUGGAAAAAUGCAACACAUGAAGUCCAGAAAGGAACGCAGGCAUUGCAUUUCAAAAUAAUGAGUUGCAAAAGAUUCAUUUUUACCAGAAUGAAAGGAGACAGGCGCGGAGUAAUCCUGAGAGGAGAAAUGUAUUAUCACAACGAUACCUGUGCCCGCCGUUCCAUCACGAAGCCAGGGAAAUUUGCUUCUGACUUAUGUCCAGUGCCUAUAACGCCUAUAAGUUCUGUCAAGAUUAAAAAACCUAAAUUAAGUGACGUCGAGAAGUUGCUAACCAAACAUUAUGGAAGAGAGUGGGCAGAACGCUAA